AUCGCGCCGAAAGUAUGCAGCAGCAGCUCGGUGCGUGGACAGUUUGCCACAAUUUGUUGCCCAGCCAACGGUCAGGCGGGGGAGGGGGCCAAUGAGACGGUUGGUGACGAAGAGGGAGGGUUGGGGCAGACUGCACAUUCGGUAUCAGGCAUUGUCCGGGAGGCUGUUUGCAGAGGCCGGAUUAUAUAUUCUGGGCUAAGGGAUACGUCUUGGAGGCCUCGUUCGCUUCGACAUCGUCGAAUCGGCAGCAGAUCGUCUCCUCAAAUGGCGCUUUUGCAACGUGAUCUGGCUUAA